CCGGCCGCCCCCCGCCCCCAGCGUACCCACACCUUGCGGUUUAUAUAGAAUGCACCCUGGGCUGGAUCCGCUGCUCUCUGGGACCUGAGAGUUCUUGAGAAGGAGCGUGCGAGCGAGGGAGCUCCGCGCGGGUGUGGGUGUAGGGAGAGAGAGCAGGCGGCGGCAAGGAACAGCGGAAUCCACCCGGAGCCACGCUGAAGACAGCUCGGGAUCACGACUUGCCGCCCUAAGCACUCUCCCAAGUCCAGCCCGCUCGGCGAGGACUUCCGUCUCCUGGGCGAACCUUGUCAAGCAAGCUGGGAUCUAUGAGUGGAAAGGUGACCAAGCCCAAAGAGGAGAAAGAUGCUUCUAAGGAAGAGACAUACACUUGAGUGAGAGAUAGCAUCCAAGAAAGACUCAGAAGUCAUUGCUUUGUCUCCAACACCAUCGACUCUGUACUCGUUCUGGAUGACGCUCCCCCUGGCACACAGGAAUACAUUAUGUUACGGCAAGAUUCCAUCCAAUCUGCGGAAUUAAAGAAAAAAGAGUCCCCCUUUCGUGCUAAGUGUCACGAAAUCUUCUGCUGCCCGCUGAAGCAAGUACACCACAAAGAGAACACAGAGCCCGAAGAGCCUCAACUUAAGGGUAUAGUUACCAAACUCUACAGCCGACAAGGCUACCACUUGCAGCUGCAGGCAGAUGGAACCAUUGAUGGCACCAAAGACGAGGACAGCACUUAUACACUGUUUAACCUCAUCCCUGUGGGUCUUCGAGUGGUGGCUAUUCAAGGAGUUCAAACCAAGCUGUAUUUGGCAAUGAACAGUGAGGGAUACUUGUACACCUCGGAACAUUUCACACCUGAAUGCAAAUUCAAAGAAUCAGUGUUUGAAAAUUACUACGUGACAUAUUCAUCGAUGAUAUACCGUCAGCAGCAGUCAGGCCGUGGGUGGUAUCUAGGCCUGAACAAGGAAGGAGAGAUCAUGAAAGGCAACCAUGUGAAGAAGAACAAGCCCGCAGCACAUUUUCUUCCCAAACCACUGAAAGUGGCCAUGUACAAGGAGCCGUCACUGCACGAUCUCACGGAGUUCUCCCGAUCUGGAAGUGGGACCCCGACCAAGAGCAGAAGUGUCUCCGGAGUGCUCAACGGGGGCAAAUCCAUGAGCCACAAUGAAUCAACGUAGCCAGUGAGGGCAAAACAAGGGCUCUGUAACAGAACCUUACCUCCAGGUGCUGUUGAAUUCUUCUAGCAGUCCUUCACCCAAAAGUUCAAAAUUGUCAUCAGUGAGGUUUACCAAACACACCGGCAGAGUUCACUAUUCCCUCUGUCAUUAAACCUUGUUAUCAUCCAUUCUACAGCCCAUAAGUUAUACUUAGUUGCUUGUGCAAAAAAUGCCAAGCAUUAUCAAUGAACUAAACCUGGGAGAAGGACUGCCAAAUUUUCUCAUGAUCUCACCUAUACUUUGGGGAUGACAAACCAAAAAAUAUUUCACAGCACUAAUGCUGAUUAAAAUUUGCUCUCCAACCAAGAAAAUUUCAAAGACCACAAUUAUUCUUAAAAAAAAACACAACAAAACAAAAUUAACUGCUUACAUGUUUUGUAGGGGCAAACAGUUAUGUGAGCUGUGUUGUUCUCUUGGCUUAAUGUUUUCUAUCUAUGCUUAAUUCAAAUGUACACUUUACUUUCAUGUAGCGCCACUUUCUGAAAUUCAAUGGUUCUCUUGAUUCUGUCAUGUAAUCCAAAUCAACCAAAUUCAGGGUUGAAACUGAAUUGGCAUCUCAGGCUUAAGGUAACAGUGUUGUUGUGAUUUUACCUUUAUUUUUGAUUUUAUUUUAUUUGAGACUUGUAGUAUUCUGGUCAAGUUAUCGAGCUGUACUUUGUGCAUAGAAAUUGAGUUAUAUUGUCAACCCCAGUCAGUAAAGAUGAGUUUAAAAAAUUAUCCUCAGAUGUAGAUUUCUCUUAAUUCCAUUUGUGUAUCAUGUUAAAUAUUGUGGCUCCUUGUAUAAAGACAGGAACUGUGAUGUUGUCUUUUGUGUUGUGUUCCAAUAAGAACUGUUCCAUCUGUACAUGUACAAGUCCUCCUGUCAUUGUAUUUGGCACGUGAAUAUUGUGUACAAGGAAAUGUUAAGAUUGGUUACCCCUAAACAACAUAUAUUAUACUUGCUACUGGAAAAGUGUUUAAGACUUAGCUAGGUUUCCAUUUAGAUCUUCAUAUCUGUUGCAUGGAAGAAAGUUGGAAUCUUGGCAUAGAGUUGCAUGAUAUGUAAGAUUUUUGUGCAUUAAUAAUUGUUAAAAUCUGUGUUCCAAAAGUGGACAUAGCAUGUACAGGCAGAUUUCUGUCCUGUGCACAAAAAGUUAAAAAGUUGUUUAAUAUUUGUUGUUGUAUACCCAAAUACGCACCAAAUAAACUCUUUAUAUUCAUUCAAAGAAAACAAA